AUGUCCUUUCCAACUCCAAACAACGAUGAAAAUGUUGCUGGAGCUGUCAGUGGUAUUCUGGAUAUCUUGGACCAGAUGGCGACUCGUGGGCGCGGUCACGGUCGAGCGAGAGGUAGGAAUCAAUCUGAGGAACACGAGAUGAAUGCGAACAACCCCGUGAACUUUAUGGCAGCGUUGCAGAACUUGGCUGAUGUUAUGCAGGCCACUGCUGAGGCACUUGGACAGCAGAUGAACAAUAAUCAAAAUAGUGGAAAUGGCGAAAAUAGGACUCAAGGUCCAAUAACAUUGGCGACCUUCUUAAAAGUCAAUCCGCCAAAGUUUAAGGGAACUACUAGUCCAACUGAGGCCGACACUUGGUUUCAAGCUAUAGAGAGAGCACUGCAAGUACAGCUGGUGCCUGAAGAGCAUCACAUCGAGUUUGCCACUUACUUGCUCACUAGGAAAGCGUCACAUUGGUGGCAGGGAACCCGACGUCUCAUACAGCAAGGCAAUGAUCCGAUCACCUGGGAUGCCUUCCAGGAGGAAUUCUAUAAGAAGUACUUCCCGAAUUCUGCCAAGAUGGCCAAAGAACUAGAGUUACUGCAGCUGAAGCAGGGAACUAUGUCUAUAUCCGAGUAUACGGAUAAGUUUGAGGAGUUAUUCAGAUUCUCUCACAUGUGUCAAGGGGCCUCGAGAGACUUCGAGGAGUGGAAGUGCAUCAAGUAUGAGGGAGGACUUCGGAGUGACAUUCUGAGCUCCAUAGGGUCUUUUCCAAACUCGUGA